AUGAAAAACAUUGAUCCAAACGUUAUACAAGAGCAAUGGAAGUAUCCGAACAAUGUGCAACUGACUUAUGUUUCUGAGGUUGAAGAUGAUAUAAAGCCAAAACCUGGGCAGCAGUUCGAUUCAUUAGAUGCAGCCUACAAGUUUUAUAAUGAUUAUGCACGUAAGGCUGGUUUUGGUGUCCGAAAGAGUAAGGAGACAAAGAAGGGGAAACAUAUGAGACAUGGAGAAAUAACAAUGAAGUUGAGGAAAGAGACCGUCGAAAUACUCGAACAAGCUGGUGGACAUGAAAAUGUUGGCUGCACAGAAAGAGAUUUAAGAAAUGCGGUGCGAGAUGAGAGAAAUCUUGUCAAGGGUCAUGACGUUGACAUUUUAUAUGAGCACUUCAAAGCUGAGCAAGAGAAGAAUCUUGUUGAUACAGAUGCAGAAAACAGACUUAUAAGAUGUUUUUGGGUUGAUUCAAGUGAGAAAAAAUCAUAUGCACAUUUUGGUGAUGUGGUUGUAUUUGAUACAACAUACAACACCAACCGUUACAAGAUGUUUUUUGCUCCAUUAUUAGGCGUGAAUCACCAUGGGCAAACAUUGGUUUUUGGAUGUACAUUUUUGAGUAAUGAAAAUUUUGAUUCGUUUGUUUGGUUAUUAAACACAUGGCUUGCAGCAAUGCCUAGAGGUGCUCCGAAGGUUAUUAUCACCGAUCAAGAUCAAGCAAUGGCUAAGGCAAUAGGUCACGUUUUGCCAAACACAUUUCAUAGGUAUUGUGUGUGGCAUAUUCUAAGAAAGUUUCAAGAUAAGACUAGUACGGAGUUUAUGAACAAGUACUAUGAUUCUUUCAAGGCGUGCAUAUGGGAUUCAGAGUCUCCAGAUGAAUUUGAAAGGAGAUGGUUUGAAGAAUUGCAAAAAAAGUCAAUAAACCCGUAA